AUGUCUAGAGCAGAGCGCAGCCUGGCGGAGUUCGAUGCGUUCGUCGACGAGCAGGUUGACUCUGCAAGGCGCGAGUGCGUCCGCCUGGACAACAUAUCGAGAGCGAUCCAUUUGGAUAAGCAGAUGAGCGCUCGUGCCUUGAGGUGGGCGGAAACCUACCAGAGGGGAUACCUGGAGCAGAUGAAGGCUCGGUUCUUCGGUGGCCAGAACGACCUGCCUAACGGCACGAUACCGUUGGUCGCCCGCUCGAAUGUCGACAGCUCCGAGUUCUACAAGUCCUUGAUUAGCAACAAGGAUGUCCUAUUCGCGGUAUAUGCUCAUGUUGAGUACUGCAACCAUUUCCCGUAA